AUGACCAUAGAUCCAUUGGGUCAUCGUAUCGAUGGCUGGAAGUUCAGGAGGAGGAAGCGAAAGGCCAGAGAUGGCCUUGAGAUCGAGCGCUGGGAUAAUUCGCUGGAGUUGAGGUUUCCACGAGGACAGACGGAGGCAGGGAGCUCGAAUCCUACCCGUCGGGUCGAAGACUCUCCGCCGGAGGAAAGGAGCGUCACGACGAACCUUCCUCCCAACCUUCUGGAGAUCGCGUCGUCGGCGAACGACGAGGAGCGGGUGUCAGCGAAGAAGGAGUCGUCGGCGAAGAAGACGGCGAGGCCGCCGCCAGAGGAAGUGGCAGCUCCGCUAUUUAGGAGUGAGUCGACGACGGAGAUGGAGGAGGAACGAACGACUAAGAUGACGGACUUGGGUCUUCCUCCCUGUCAUCGUGGUGGUCGCCGUUCGAUGAGAAAGUCGCCAAAGCCAGGAUGGCCAUCGGGUUGCUCGCCGCCGGGAAAAGAAGGGACGAGGGAGACGAAGAGGGCGAGCGGCGAUGCUCCUCCCUCAUGUGAACCGUUGCCUCUCUUUCCCUUCCAAGAGUUGCAACCCUACAACCUUCAUGGGCCAGAGUCUAUAGAGCUUGGGCCCAUCAGUUUUGGCCAUGGGCUGGCAAAGAAGAAGGAAGUGGUGGGCUCCGUUGAAACAAUUGGGCCGCAUCAUAAGAGAAAGUUUAUGUUCGUUGAUGGGCCAAGUCUUAAAGAAAUCGAGCCCAAUGAUGGCUAUUUUAUUGGGCUUAUUUUACAGAGAAGUCAUUUAAAGAAAGAAGAAGGCUUGGUGGACUUAAAAGGUGGGCUCUUGGAGGAGACAAGCCCACGCGAAGUUAGGAGUAAAGAGAGGCUGGACUUGGGUUUGGGCCACAACUCAUUCUUACAAGCUAAUGUGGGCCGACCCAAGGGAGUAGGAAAGGAAGGUUGGGUAAACUUAUGGGUCGUUUUCACCACCAAGUCCAUGGAGGAUUUUAUGGAGCAUUUCUUCGAAGACCUCGAGCUAGAGCACAAGGAAGAACUAUUCUCCGACUCUUAUUUCGUGGAUUUCGAAAUGGAAAAGGCGAAUCAUUCGGCUAUGAAGAACGUAUGUGCCACGUGGCGGGAGAAGAGUCGUGGAAAGUGGAAAUUGCUGGAGAAAGAUGAGCUUGUAGAAUUGAGUGUGAUUGGAAGCGAAGAAAGUGGAAGAUCAAGAAGACGGAAGUUGACUGCAACCUUGAGGACAAGGUCGCUUUCAAGGAGGGUGGAAUGUUAG